ACGUCGAACACCAGGACACGCCGCGUCCUCGGCCGACCGGGUCACGUGACCACCCCGCUGGCUCGCCGACGCUGGGAGCCGAGCAGCAGACUCCCGUUCAGCGUUCAGUCGGUGCAGUGUCGCCGCCGGGCUGCGUUCGGUCACCGGGCAUGGUCGCGGUAUGAAAAUCGGAGGUCUGCGGCGACGUUAGCCUCGCGCAAAGCCAGCCAGGACCGGAGAGAGGACACAAGGUUGCUCCGAGCAAAUGUAUCACAUCAGGAUCGACAUGGUAUCUAAUAUUGGUAUUGGUAUCAAUGCUGGACUCCCUGAUCUCCCAGCAUUAGGAUCUGCGAGGCUGGGAGAGACGACACCCAGCCGUCCACAAAACCACCUGACCCAACAUGAUGGCCUCCAGCGAUGUCGACAUCCGAGGAGAAGGUUCUUUGUUUUCUGACCAAAAUCCUUCAGAAAUGGAUGCUCUGUGUCCCUCUCCUCCUGGACCAUCCAGACCCCAACGUCACUAUGAGAGGAUUGGGGGGCGGGCAGGAACUUCUUUUUGUCAGACUCUCAUCCACCUGUUGAAGGGGAACAUUGGAACGGGGCUGCUGGGUCUGCCUCUGGCUGUCAAGAAUGCAGGUCUGGUGCUCGGACCAGUCAGUCUGCUGUGUAUGGGUGUCAUCGCAGUCCACUGUAUGAGGCUGCUGGUCAAAUGUUCCCACCACCUCAGUGUAAAGGUGAACAGGCCGUCUCUGACCUACGGCGAGGCGGCGCAGUACGGGAUGGAAAACGUUUCGUGGCUGAGGAGACAUUCGCAAUGGGGAAAACGGAUGGUGAACUUGUUUCUGAUCAUUACGCAGCUGGGCUUCUGCUGCGUCUACUUUGUCUUCCUCAGUGACAAUGUCAAGCAGGUGGUGGAAGCAGCCAACGCGACCACCUUCAGCUGCCACAUGAACUACACCAACCAGACGCAGGUCCUGGUGCCGAGCUUCGAUUCCCGUCUCUACAUGCUCUGCUUCCUGCCCGCCACCAUCGUGCUGGUUUUCACCCGAAACCUGAAGUACCUGGCUCCUCUGUCUCUGGUGGCUAAUCUGGUCAUGACCGUCAGCUUGGUCCUCAUCUACUUCUACUCUCUCACGCACAUCACUUACCCCAUCAACCUACCAAAAGUGGGAAGAGCUAAAGACUAUCCUCUCUUCUUUGGGACAGCCAUCUUUGCCUUCGAAGGGAUCGGAGUGGUUCUUCCCCUGGAGAACAAGAUGCAGAGGCCUCAGAGUUUCUCUGGGGUUCUGUAUCUGGGGAUGGGCAUCGUCACCUUCCUCUACAUCAGCCUCGGUACCAUAGGAUAUAUGUGCUUUGGAGAGCACAUAGGAGGGAGCAUCACUCUCAACCUGCCAAACUGCUGGACUUACCAGGCUGUGAAGCUUCUGUACUGCUUUGGUAUUUUCAUCACCUUCGCCCUGCAGUUCUAUGUUCCGGCAGAGAUCCUCAUACCACCAGUAGUGGCCCGCGUGUCGGAGAGAUGGGAGACAGCUGUUGACCUCCUGCUUCGCACUGUCUUGGUCAUCUUCACAUGUGCUCUCGCCAUCCUGAUACCAGAGCUGGAUCUCGUCAUCUCAUUGGUCGGCUCGGUCAGCAGCAGUUUCCUGGCGCUGAUCUUCCCUCCCAUCCUCCAGAUCAUAGCUUUUCACACAGAAGGCCUGUCGCCGCUGGUGACCGUCAAGAACAUCGUCAUCAGCCUGGUGGGGCUGAUCGGCUUCCUCGCGGGAACUUACAUCGCCAUCGAGGAGAUCAUCGCCCGUAACGUACACAAACACGAAGAGACGUUCUCCUCCUACAUGAUCCAGUGAUGCAGUGAAAUGACUCUUGGCAGGUUGACGUUACCCAUCCGGGACAUUUAGAAACAACUGUAGGGCACAUUUAAAUAUUUUCUUCUUUGAUUUGCUGCUGUUGGAUACGGUGGCCGUUUUAGGAUUAGUCUAUCAAAUUGUCGAAGCAGUAUGAAGGUGUAGGGAUUCGUGGUGCUUGAUGUUAUGUUUUCUUAUGUCACUGCUGGACCACAGCGUCCUGUAGUACUCACAUUUAAUCAAAUCCAGCCACUUAGUGCAAUCUAAUGACAACAUACUUAUGGUAAAAACUAAAUAAUUCCUUCAAGUAGGAGAUACCUUCAAAAGAAUUUCAGAAUCGAGGGCAUUUAGAGGUACUUUAUUGUUUUGACAGCCUGAAUAUAUUGAUGUUUUUCAUGUGUCAGUCAAAAAAUCAAACUACCUCACAAACUGGUAUUAAUUUGGUCAUUUAAAACUUUCUAACAUCCAGAUUAGACACUGCUGCAGAAAUUGUGUGGACUUUUAAUCCUCAAUCCAAACAACAUCUCACUUUGACCUUGUCAAGUUUGACACCCACCACCUCAUUUAGAAAAAAGGAAGAAAAAAAUACGACGUUUUGUGCACUCUGAUUUAUGCCUUAUUCAGCGUAACAGCGCACUACUUUGACAGUAAUUUUAGACAACUCGUUGCACAGACUUUAAAUCAAGUAACUGUAACUUCAGUGUUGCAAAAGACAACAGAGUUUUUGAUUUUAUAUGUUUGUUUGUUUUUUAAAAACAAAACCUAGAACAAAACAGGGCUGGGUAUCAAAAUGGUUACGAAUUGGGAACCAGUUCCAAAUGAAUAAGAACCAUGGAUUCUUUAAAAGUUGUGCUUUUUGAUUUUGCUCGAUCCAAUCCUGACAGUGAGGUUAGUACCUGCCGCCUCUCUGUCUACGUCAGCGGUGUCUGAGCAUGUGUAUUGUGUUUACAAUAGGCUUUAAAGUACGGAAGUAAAUCGCAUUGACCAAAGAAAAAGCUGGGAGUCCUUAUUGCGUAGUUACGACCUCUGCGUCUCACAAUUAUGACUCCGUCUCUUCGUAAUAACAAGACCUUCACCUUAUAAUCACGAAUACACAAGUGUUGUCAUUACCGUGUCGUUAACGAGUUUUAUCGUUUCAGCUGCAGGGAGCGCAUUGAGUGCAUGCGUGCAGCAUGAAGUGAUUAAUAACAACACUGCUCGUGACUAAAGACAGUUGUAUUGGAUCGGAUUACUAUGGAAACAGCUUGGGUCCGACAUUACUUGCUGCCAGCCGACACUGAAACAGCAACAGCAAGGUAAGGCUUCUGUUUAAAACAGUUCAUCGGCUCCCCAACCAUGCGCUAUGGAACCUGUAAUUACGAGAUACUUAACGAGAACCUAGAGAAAACAUUUUCAAUUUCGUUUUUCUUUGGUAAAUGCGGUGAACUAAUACUGAAACGAAAGGGAGAGUUUUCGUUUCUCUAGUCGUAUUGAUAAUGCCAAAAAAAUCACCUAAUUCUAGAACAACCGAAGUACGGAAGUAAAAUCAAAAGGAAAAUGAACAGCAGUUCACUUUUUCAUGACAAGAUGAAGAAGAUUCAUAUGGUAAUUAUUUGAUUUGAUGAGAACUCAAAUUGAUGAGCACAAUCAGAAUCCAUUAAAUCUUAAAUGAUGCCCAAUUCUAAAACAUGUAUGUGUUAGAUUUCCCGAUCAAAAGAAAAAUAUAUCAGAUUUUAGAAAUGUAGUUGUACUUUGUUUAUGAGGGACCUCUGCUGUUUAACAAUUUGUCUUCGUCUUUAAAACUUUUAUUUUUUCUAUCCAAUUCCUUUUUUUUUAAUGUGUUUUAAUGUUUUAAUGUAUUUACUAAAUUAAUGAUUCGGUAUCUUUUUUUUAUUUUAUAUUCAGACAGCAUGCGUUUUUAAGAGUUACAACUAACCUCGACUGUUUUAUUUCAGUUUAAUUACAGAGAGACUCUGCAUGUAAUAUAUUGUAAUAUGUAUGUAAAAUAAAACACGGUAUUAUAAGAAUGAUAAAACAAAGCCCAUACGUCAGCUGCAGUAGGCAGAAAAAGUUCAGCUGUACCUUCGUAUGUCUUCAGUGUUAAUGUGACAGUUUUCUUUCAAAAGAAAUGCAAAACAAACAAACUGAAAGCUUUGAGCCUUAUGUGUAAAGGAUUUGAAACAGCUGUUGCUUUGCAUCACAGUUGUGUACAUAUACAUUUGUUGCACAUUUGUAAACAGCCGCACACACACACAAAUGUUCCGUCUUAUUUUAAAUGACAAACUGCCCGUUAUUCUCCUUCACACACGGAUGGAUUUAUGUGCUAAAACUGUUUGAAUGAGAGUUUACCCAAGUUUCCGACUGGGAGCUUUGAGAUGAUGAUGAUGAUCAUGAUGACGAUGAUGAUGAUGACGAUAAUGAUGAUGAUGUUGAUGCUGAUGAUGUUGAUGUUGAUGAUGUUGAUGAUGAUGAUGAUGAUGUUCACCUACCCAAAGAAGACUAAAUUCAUUAACCAGUUCAUUAUUUUUAGAUUCAUCAGUUGUUUAGUUCAUCACAAAUAAGAACAAAUGCCCGUCUCAAGUUCCAACAGACUGGAACCUACACGUCUUGGAUUUUUAUUCAAUAAAUUACUCAAAACGGAUAAUCCAUUUUCAUUUUAGCACUCUUUCGUUUCUUUACUCCUU